AUGGCUGCUACUAUUCUCGAGCUUGCAAAGCUGAUCUCAGAAUCGACAGUCAAGAUCAAUGACUUCUGCGUUGCCGCUGGAACUCCGGUUCCGGAGCUCAGCGUUCCGUUCGACUCAGUCUCUGAAGCAUGGCGCCAGCAGCCGGGUGUGCAGCUGGCUAUCGAUACCGCCAUUUCUGCUGCCCAUCAGCUCAUCUCAACUUUGACUCCUGCACCUCUUUCUGUAUUGCGCAUGGGCGGAGCGUAUCAAUCGGCUGCUACGAGAGUUGCGUUUGAGAGCAAUGCUGCUGCCAUCAUCAAGGAAGGUGGUGAGAAGGGAAUGCACGUAAACGACAUCGCUAUCAAGGCAAAAGUAGACACCAAGAAACUCGUUCGGGUACUCCGCUACCUCGCGUCCAUGCAUGUCUUCCGUGAGGUUGAACCCGAUGUCUUUGUGAACAAUCGAAUUUCGUCCUGCUUCGACAUCGGCAAGCCGUUCGCGGAGAUCGCGUCCAACCCCAUAGACAAGUACGAAGGCACGCCUGGAAUCACGGCUCUGUUCGGACACAUGCUCGACGAAUACAACAAAAGCGCUAUGUACGCCUGGGAGGCACUCUCCGAUCCAGCGACCUCGUACUCUGAAGAACCCGAAGACGCAGCACUGAGCCGUGCUUUUGGAAAACGUGAGGCGUUCUGGGAAUGGAUCGAGGAACCGGAACAAGACCAUCGGUUAGCCCGGUUCGGCGUUGCGAUGCGCGCAUGGCAGAAUACGUUGCCACCUGAGGCGAUGCUUCACGGUUUCGACUGGAGGUUGCUAACAGAAAAUGAUUUGAUCGUCGACGUUGCCGGCGGGAUUGGCAACGCUGUUCUCCCGAUUGCGAAGAUUAACCCGGCUGUCAAGAUUCUCAUCCAAGAUCGCCCCGCAGUUAUAGAGGAUGGCAUCAAGUACUGGAAGGAGCAAUUCCCUGAGGCCGUCGAGUCCGGCAGGGUGACGUUGCAAUCGCGCGACCUCUUCGCCGCCCAACCAGUCAAAACCGCGUCUGUCUUCCUCCUCCGGCGUAUACUCCACGACUGGUCGGACAAGUACGCCCGCAAGAUCCUGACUACCCUGCGGGAAGCCGCUGCUCCGAGCACAAAGUUGCUUAUAAUCGACCACAUCCUGCAUCACGUAUGUGCAGAUCCGACUCUGAGUGGGCCCGAGCCUGUACCUGGAUGGAAGGCGGCGAGGAGGGAGGAUGCGCCGCCGCCUUUGCUGCCCAAUUGGGGUAUUUGUGGGAUUGGACAGUAUGGGUCUGACCUUCAUAUGAUGAUCAUCCACAAUUCACAGGAGCGGACGCUCACCCACCUGAGCCAGCUAUUCGAAAGCACCGGCUGGAGAAUGGCACGAGUCUACCCAGACCCGACUAACAUCAUGUCCCAGGUGGAGGCCGUUCCCAUCUGA